GCAGAGCGAAAACCUGUGCCGGUUUUCCGCGUUUUUCGUGCCUCAUCGGGUAUUAUUUUGCUGUGCUUUUUGGGUCCAAGUAUGCUUCAGAUUUGUGAAGGUUUCACCAGAAUCGAAGAUGCGAUCCUCAAAUAGGCGUUCAGCCUGCCGCCAUCUUCUGAAUAUGACAGCCACGCAGGCAACUCUCCUUUUUUGCACACUAUUGCAAGCCGUUCUCACCAAAGGUCAGCUAACGGAAUUGGAACCCGAAUUCCUGGCCCCCUUGGAGAAUCACACAGUCACUCAGGGAAGGGACGUCUAUUUUACAUGCGUUGUUAAUCACUUGGGCACUUACAAGGUUGCCUGGAUAAAGUCUGACACGAAAGCUAUUUUGGCCAUACACAAUCAUAUGGUUGCUCAGAAUCCUCGUCUUUCUGUAACACACAAUGGACACAACACGUGGAAACUGCACGUAUGUAACGUACAAAAGAACGAUUCGGGCACGUAUAUGUGUCAGAUAAACACCGACCCUAUGCGAAGUCAGAUGGGCAAUUUAGAAGUAGUCAUACCUCCGGACAUUCUGGAAGACAACGAAUCAUCAGACGGCGCCGGUAUGGCAGUCGAAGGAGGAACCGUCCGGCUCCGGUGCAAGGCUACGGGCAUUCCGGACCCGACGGUGUUGUGGAGGAGAGAAGACGGCAACAACAUGAUUCUGAGGCCAGAGGUUGGCAGGGAGAAGCAAGUGUUGCGAUCGUUCGAUGGAGAAAUGCUGACGUUAAUGAAUGUUCAGCGCAUUGAUAUGGGCGCCUAUUUAUGCAUAGCAAGCAACGGCGUACCCCCAUCUGUGAGCAAACGUUUCAACGUCAUAGUUCACUUUCAUCCAUUGAUCAGAGUAUCGAAUCAGCUGGUAGCUGCGCCGAUUACCAGCGAUGUACACGUGCAAUGCUACGUGGAGGCAUCUCCGAAAGCCAUGAACCACUGGAUGCGGGAGAACGGCGAAAAGUUGAUUCCCAGUGACAAAUAUAUCAUGGAAGAAUCGAUAAACAACGAGUACUCGCUUCAAAUGAACUUGACCAUCCUGAAUCUGGACAAGACAGACUUCGGCGGGUACAUCUGCACAUCUUCGAAUGCUCUGGGGAAGGCAGAGGGAGUGGUCAGACUUUUGGAGCGAAUAGUGAAAUCAACGAGUACAGUGAGUACACCGAAGUACAUUGAAACGAAACCCCGCAAGCCUGUACACAAAGAUAAACCAAAGAAACUGAAACAACCAAGAAGGAAGGAAAGUUUCGACAAUAAGAAUGAGGAAGAACAGGAACCAUCAACGCAUUUCCUGCCAGAGUUACAGACUCUUUUACCCUCUACAUAUACCAUCGGCACAACCAGCAGUCGUCCAUCGUGGAUUUUGCUCAAAGUUAACAACAGGUGUGCACAUUCCUCAUUAAAUGGAUUCUACUUCACUCUCGUUGCUUUCAUUGUUCUUCGAAAUAAUAAUCAUCUGUGAGUCAACUUGAAGUUAGUCAUUACAGUUCGAAGACAACAGAAUGAGAUCCUCCAAACCAUACCACAGUUAUUGUACACAAACAUAUUUUAGCAAUUCGCUCAUGCAUAUGAACAUAAUUACAAUUUUUUGUAGACUGUCUUCCUUAUAUAUUUCUAUGAAGAAAACUCUUCUUAGUUCCAUAUCAACACGUCUUCCUGUUUUGGAAAAUACAUUUAAUCUGAGUGCGCGCCCAUAGGUACGCAGAGACUUCAGCACAAUUGACAUUCUCAUAAUGUAUAUUCUAAAUAACAAGUUCAUGAGUUUUGAUACAAUUAAGGUAUACUGAGAUCUGAGGUCUCCACUUUGUGGAGUUAUAUUGAAUGUCACGCAUUUCAUAAGGUUUAAACAGGGUCAUUAAGUAUAUAAUUCUCAAUAACUCUGAAAUCGAAUGAAUUUCAAGUCAUAUUGAGAUAAGUUUGGAAUGUGUGGCUGUUUGACCAACACGAAAUUUAAGAAACUUCAACUUUCCAUUUGUUUUCGUUCACCAUUUCAUUUGAAUCCCUUGCACGUAUAGACCAUAAGGCAAGUUAGCCAACUUUCAUUAACUUUCUGAUAACGUAAUGAUGAAGUAGCGAAGAAGAUUAUUACUUGAGGUAUGAAAAUAUUAGUCGAACAAUGAUGAGGUGUCGCGUUACUCUUCGGAGUCGGAAAAUAAAUGGGUGAAAGUGACAGCAACGAGUAGCAUUUCUGUUUUUUCUAGGUAAUCACCCAAUUUUUAUACAGGACAAUAAUGUAUUCAAUAAAUAACCGAAAACAAAAUGGAAGUUGCUUACUAUCAAACACUGUAAUUAGUCACUAGGGAACUUACUUAUUUAGAGGGACAAUAAGAUUCAUGAACAAAACGAAAAUAUAGCUUAAGUAUUCUCACUUUACCAAAACAUUCUGUGAACCUUCAGAUUCCUGGAUGUAUUCAGAAAAUUUGAAACUUAUAUCUCAUUUUUAAUCAUAAAACAUUGGUUCAAAGUGCUAUUCAAUCCCUGACUAUGUACCCAGAAUAUUUCCAUAGAAUGGAUUAUAUAAAAAGCAUCCAAAUUGAUAUUGAUUCAAAAAAGUUAAUGAUACUCAUGCUCAGUUAUCAGAGUGAAUAUGAGAAUAAAUGUAUCGAGAUGCAUCUCAACACCAAGUACAGUCUGGGAAUAGGUCUAGAUAAUAUUCGAAUGAUUGCAUUCCAUUACUAAAGUAAAGCAACAUAUCCAGAGUUUUGAUGAUGAAACUCGAUUAUUAUUCAAUUGUGGAAUUAAGUAGUAAGAGUAUAGUAAGAUAAAGUAGUGACAAUAAUUUUUCGUGACCAUUUACGAAAUAAUAUUCUAAUGAGAAAUGUUUUACACGAAAUAGUGGCAGUAUAUUCAGAAUUUAUUUUUUCAAACUCUGUAUAGCAGAAAUCAUUCCGGUUGGACACAUUUGGAAAAUCCCAGAAACCCCAAAGUCUUCCGAAUGAUAAGAAUUUGUGACUAAUUAACAUACUCGAAAAAAUGGUCACGUUGAUACCGUGAAUGGUUGUGGUAUUUUGAUCAAACUGAGCUGAUCAAAAUUAGUUAUCGCUGUCUCAAUACCCUAUACCAUAUGUACACUAAGUAUUUACAACUCGAAGAAAACUAUUUUAGUAUGGUACCCAACAAUAUUCAGUACCAAGCUGGUCAUUUGACCGAGUAAACAGUUUAUACCACACUGACCAAGAACCAAGAUAGUACUGACUUGGUUUGAAUAUUAUCAUUUUAGUCGCAGCUAAGCAGGACACAGUAUAAAUGUGACUAAUAACGAAAAAUGGAUUAUCAAAAUCUGUGAAUCAUAUACAGAAUCAGUACGCUAAUUUGUCACCAGAUGAAAAUUAUAUUAUCAUUUUUGUAUUAGAAUUUGUUGAUUUUAUAUGAAAUAUAUGAAGUUAAUGUUCUCAUUAUGUUUUUGAAUCCAAUGACUGUCUGUCUGAUUUAUAAUUCUAAUAAUCUAAGGUGAACAAUCAUGAGGAAUCGUUUAUUUAGACUAUAGUUGAGAUAUUGAAAUUGAUAUUUUCUCUCUGGAACUCUUUUGUGAAGAUCAGUGGAACUCAAUUAUUCUAAUAUUAUUAUGAGUCAGUCCAGAGAGAAAAUAUCCAAGAAUACUAUCUGAGAACUGUUAAAUGGAUUUGUUAUGUAAUUGAAUUGGUGUAAAUUAUAUGAAUCAUAUACUAUAUAUCUUUACCUCGAGCAAGUAACUCUUGUAUGUUAA